UUAUCUAGCAAAUAAUAUUCCUACACUACUCCAUAUAUAAGAUUACUUUGACAACAACAAAGAGAGUGAUUAGAGUAUCAGACUGCAAAGAUGGCUUCCAUGACCAUGACUGCCUCACUCCUAGCUGGUGCAACCUCAACCGUGACCAAACAACACCCUUCUUCCUCAGCUCGCCGUGGCCUAGUUGUGGCCAAGGCCUCAGAAGGAGAAAAAACCAACUUGGAAUUCAACAACAGCAAGGAAGAGAGAGGCAGUAGUGGGAGGAGGGACUUGGUCUUUGCUGCUGCUGCUGCUGCAGCAUUCUCUGUUGCAAAGGUUGCUCUUGCUGAUGAGCCAAGGAAAGGUUCCCCAGAAGCCAGGAAGAAGUAUGCACCUAUUUGUGCCACAAUGCCUACUGCACGUAUCUGUCACAAUAUCAAGUGAUCAGGGUGUUUGGUUUUCUUGGUUAUUGUUUAUGGUUGGUUUGAGAGAAAUGUAAAAGAUGUAACUCAUGCUUUUAUGUGUAUCCUUGUUAUUAGAAUAAUGGUUAAACAGUUAAAUUUGCCAUUUCUAA